CAAAGGAUUUCUAAUGCUAAUUCAAGAUUUUCCCGGAAAAGAAAAUUCCAGUGAGAAUUUUACUCCCAGCCAAACAAACUAAAUCAAUCCAUGCUUUAAAAGCCCCCUUCCAUCUCAAUUUCAAUCGUAAAUCAAUAAGCUCAUCGGUUUCCCAUUGAAAACAAAAAUCAUACCAAAAAGAGAAUCAACAAUUACCGAAUAACAAUGGAUUCCAGAGCCAUUUCCGCUGCCCUGAUUUUGAGUUUCCUCCUCUUCUCUGCAGCCUCCGCUUUCAAUAUCACUAAUCUCCUAAGCCAGUUCCCCGAUUUCAAUAGUUUGAAUGAUUUCCUCACACAAACAAAUCUCGCCGGUGAAAUUAACAGCCGUAGAACCAUCACUAUCCUCGCCCUCGACAACAGCGCCGUUUCUGGCCUAUCUGGAAAGCCGUUGGACGUUCUGAGAAGGAUCUUGAGCGUUCAUGUUAUUCUCGAUUACUACGAUGCUCAGAAGCUUGCUAGAUUGUCUUCCGAUAAUACUACUGUUCUCACCACUCUGUUUCAGGCAAGCGGCGCUGCCAGGAAUCAGCAAGGUUUCAUCAAGGUUACGCAGAAUGGUCAAGGUGAGAUCGCGUUCGGAUCCGCCGUGAGAGGAACUCAGUUCGAUUCGAGAUUGGUGAAAUCCGUCGUCGCACAGCCGUACAAUAUCUGUGUUCUUCAGAUCUCAUCUCCGAUUCAGGUUCCUGGAAUCGAUGCCAAGCCACCUCGCUCCUCUCCAACACCACCACCACCGUCGUCGUUUUCUCCCGUCGGAUCACCUAAAAAGGCACCGGCUCCUUCCGCUAAGACUCCGUCAAAGGCUAGGGCUCCUCCCGCCAAAAAACCGAAGGUUGUUGCCGAUUCGCCGGCAAGGUCUCCACCGAAAGCAGCCGACGGUGAUGAUGAUGCGGCUGCUCCAGCACCUAGCGAUGAAUCCGGCGCCUCACGCGGUAGCUUCAUCGGAGCUGCGGCUGUUAUGGCUGUGAUCUCGGUGUUUCUGGCUCUGUGAGUUCAAGAAGCCAAUGCGGUUAUGCUUUAAAGAUUGAAAAAUUUUGAAUUAUGUAUGCCGCUCAAUUGCGUAAUGCAAUGAGCGGAAAAUAUAUAAUUUUUUUCAAUGAGAUUU